AUGUGGAUUAUAAUUUUAUCCACUACUCUCACUGUUUUACUAGUUUAUGGCUAGUAGUUAAAGACUUUUACAACAACUAAAAGUGUUUUGGAAAUGUGCUAUGUAGAAGUGAAUGCUGGAGCAUAAAAUACCAAUUACAUUGCACAAUUAUUUAGUGAUAAAACUAUGGGCCUACUUAGCAUUUAAGAUGCUACAACUACUUUGCAAAUUGAUACUAGCUAAUCAAAUCUUGGUGCUCUUACUAUUUUAAAAAUGGAUUGUUUAGAAACACCAAUAGGGUAUUAAAUAUUAUUUCUUCUUAAUGGAGCAGCAAUUCCAAAAAUUGGAACUUUAUACAAUGAUGGUAGUAAUAAUAUUUAUCUGUCUACAUUAAAGACAAUGCCAUAUGCUUUUGUAUCCUACUAUUACAAAAGAUUGUCAGAUACAAUUUACACAUGGGAUGGAACUACUGUUAAUGUCGAAACAAUAAAUAUAUUUAGCUUAGCUUAAGGAGCGAAUAUAGUUUUUACAAUAACCCCUACUGUAUUCUAUAUUUCUAACAACAAGAAAUAUUACUUUGUAUAAGAUAAAGCAACAACAAGCGCGCUAGUAUAUGGCGUUAGCUCACUUGCUGCUGCAAUUUACAGUUCUGCUCCAUAUACAAAUUAGAUUUUAAAAGUUGGGGAAUAUAAUUAUUAAGGAUCAACAUGCUAUACUAUUGUUGAUAACACUAAGAAGGCAACAACUUUAACUCCGAAUGGAGUGGCAUUAACAGAAGGUAAAGAUUUUACAGGUAUUACAGAUUAUGAAUAUUCAUAUGGAAGCUAAUUACUUUAAUUUGAAUAAAAUGGUAAAGUAGUGAAUGUAGAUUUUACUAUUUUACCAGCUGCUUAAACCUAAAAAGCAAUAUAUUCUUUAGCUAGUUUUCCUUCUCCAAAUUUCGUAAACCUAUAAAAAAGGGUUAUUGCUUUUUAUUAAUCUCAUUCAGGAUAAAUACUUAUACUCAACUCUUAAUGCAAUAAAAAGUGUUCUUCUUGCACAUUAAAUAACUAAUUUACUUGCUUAACAUGUAACAUAUUUGAUAAUAGAUAGUUGAUUGGAGGUUAAUGUGUAUGUAAUAGUGGUUUUAUUGAUACUGACUAAGAUUUUUGUUUUCCUUGUUAAGAUCCUUUUUGUUAAUCCUGCUUUGAUACAGUAUAAAAUUCAUGUUAUAGUUGCUUACCUGGUAUGUAUCUUACUUAAUAAAAUAUUUGUAGUUGUCCAGAUGGGUAUUAUUUUGAUACUUCCAGCAGCACUUGUAAAGUAUGCUCACCUGGAUGUGAAGUUUGUUCUUCAUCAACUAUUUGUACAAAAUGUUAUUCAUCAAACUAUAAUUUAAAUGCCAAUAAAUGUGAUUGUAAUAAUGGCUUUUAUCCCGAUCCUUCAACUCAAUUAUGUCUACCAUGCCAUUAAAGCUGCUCUACUUGUAGCGGUCCACUAGUUACAACUUGUAUCACCUGUAAAGAUGCUACUCAAGUAGUGUUUAAAGGUACUUGCUAAUGUAAAUUAUUAAACUAAUUUUUAGACAAAACUUUUACAUGUAUUAAUUGUGAUCCAUCAUGCUAAUCUUGUGCUGGUAUUUCUACCUAUUGCUUAACAUGUGACCCUUCAGCUAAUCGCUAAUUAACUUAAAAUAAUUAAUGUGCCUGUCUACCAGGAUUUUAUGAUAAUUCAGGAACUUGCACUUCUUGUGGUGUACCUUUUUGCUAAACAUGUGCUGCAGCAGGUACUUGUACAGUAUGCUAAACUUUAAAUGGAUUUAGUUUAACAUUUUAAAAUGGAAAAUGCAAUUGUCCAUCUGGUUAUUAUUUAGAUUUAAAUAUAGGAACUUGUGUUAGAUGCCAUUAUUCAUGUUAAACUUGUCAUGGUCCAAGCAAUAUUAAUUGCGAUACUUGCGAUCCAACUGCUAAUAGAGAUCCUGUAACAGUAGAUUUUAAAUGUAAUUGUUCAAAUUAGCAUUUUGAAAUAAAUUAAUACUGUGCUCCUUGUAGUUCAAACUGUAAUGGUUGUUUGCAAUUACCAAAUAAUUGUAUAAAUUGCAAAUCAGGUUACCAUCUUGCAUAUUAGCCAACUUAUCUUAUCAAUUAAUGUUUUUGUAAUGAUGGUACUUAUUAUGAUAGUUCCACAGAUAACUGUGAUCCAUGCACCCCAGCUAACUUAUGUUAAACGUGUUCAUCAUCUUCUUAAUGCUUAACGUGUUUACCAAAUGCUUCGCUUGGCCCAAGCAAAUAAUGUUCUUGCAAUUUAGGAUUCUAUUUAAAUGCAAACUAAUGCUCUCCAUGCACAUGGACGACUCCUCCAGCAGAUUGUAUAUCAUAAGCAAUAUAAUUAUUUAGAGAUCCUAGUAACGGCUAUUCAUGUAUAGUAGGAUAUUAUUUAGAUGCUGGCAGUGGACUAUGUUUAAAAUGUUAUUAAAGUUGUAUAACUUGCCAUGGACCUUUACAAACUGAUUGUGAUUGUCAUGAAACAUGCUUAACUUGUGUGGGUCCUUAUCCAUAUCAAUGUACAUCUUGUCAUAAUAAUUUUAUAGCUUUAAGUGGAGGUACUGAAGGGUAUUGUAAUCAAUGUUAAAGUGGUUACUUUUUGAAAGAUGGAGUUUGCUAAUAAUGUGACCCUAACUGCUAAGAAUGUCUUUAUUCUUCAACAUAUUGCACAUUUUGUAAGAAUUAUUAAACUUUAUUAACAAAUAAAACUUGUGGAUGCCUUCCAGGUUAUUUUGAUGACACUACAUAAUGCGCUUAAAAUACAUGUCACGCAGGAGAUAAUUGUGCACUUUGUAGCUCAACAAAUCCAUCAUCUUGUAUUACCUGUAAUACUAAUAAUAAUUUUACCCUUUAGAAUGGUGUAUGUAUUUGUAUAUAUGGAUAUGGCUUGGAUGCAGGUAAUUGUGUUAAAUGCCAUCCUUUAUGUGGAAUGUGUGACCCAAGUGAUUACUCAAAAUGCCUUACCUGCAAUUCAGAAUAAAAUAGAGCAUUAAGUAAUAAUUUAUGUAAAUGCUAAAAUGGUUUUACUGGUCCAGAUACCACUAUUGAUCCCACUUAAUUUAUAUGCUAACAGUGUUACUAUUCUUGUCAAACAUGCACAGCUACCGGCUAUGGAAAUUGUAGCUCAUGUGGACUAAAUAGGGAUAAUACAAAUCAUAAUUGCGCUUGUAAUACUAAUUUUUAUGAUUUAGGUAACAUGAACUCUUGUAUUGAAUGUCCCUCAGGUACUUAUAGUAGUGCUGCAAGCUUCUCAUAUUGUUAACCAUGUGAUCCAUCUUGCAAAGAAUGCUCUGGAAAUGCUACAACUUGUACUAAAUGCUAAUUAGCAUAUAAUAGAAUUUUUGAUGGAUCUACUAAUACAUGCAAUUGCAUGAAAGGGUAUGCUGUUUAAAAUUAAGAUCCAUAUUAUUGCUAACCCUGUCCAUAUUUUUGCACUGAUUGCCAAUCUUCACUAAACAAUGUAACAUAAAAAUUUGAUGUUACGUGCAACUAAUGCUCAGAUACCAACAGGCAACUGCCGCAUUGUGAUUGCAAUACUGGAUAUUAUAACGUUCCUGGAGAUUCUAAUUGUAAAAAAUGUCACUAUUCAUGUGACCAAUGCAUAGGUCCUGGGAUAAAUGAUUGUUUAAGCUGUCCAACUGGUAGAAUAUCAUAUUAUCCUUCAAAAAAUAUGGGCUUUUAAUGUAUUUGCCCAAGUAAUUAGUAUGAUAAAAUUGGAGAUCCUACUUGCUAUGAUUGUAAAAUUUCAUGUUUGACAUGUAAAGGACCAAAUGAUAAUGAUUGCUUAACUUGCCCAGAUCCAAAUAUGUAAUUAGUUAAUGGAUAGUGUUAAUGUAAGACAGGAUAUUAUAGCCCUACUGAUAAUUAAUGCUUACCUUGCCAUCAUAGUUGCGCAACUUGUACAGGUACUAGUGAUCAUGAAUGUUUAACUUGCUCUGAUACUACUAGAAUUUAUGAUAUUGCUACAAAAACAUGUCCGUGUAUUCCUAAUUAUUAUGAUAAUAGCCCAAGUCCUAUUUGUUCUUAAUGCCACUAUACUUGUUAAUCAUGUCAUGGAAACUAGAAAACUGAUUGCAUAGCUUGUGCUGCAAAUAGAAUUUUUGAUGGUAGUAACCUAUGUGUUUGCCCUCCUGAUACACAAGCACCUGAAGGUUAACCUAUAUGUACGUAGUGCCAUUAUAGUUGUUAAACAUGCUAAGGUCCUUUAGCUACUGACUGCCUAACAUGUGCUGAUAUUAAUAGAACACUAACCGUUAUACCACCAAAUUUAUUUGGUAGUUGCCCAUGCAAUUCUAAAUAUUAUGAUGAUUAGAAAUCAAGUAUUUGUAUAUAAUGUCAUUAAAGUUGUCUAACUUGCUUUGGGAGCAAUCCUUACUAAUGUUAAACUUGUGAUCUACUCAGUGGAGGUGUAACUACUAACAGAAGUUCUAAAAUUCCUUUCUGUCCUUGUAAUAAUUAUUACACUGAAAGUCCAAAUUCUGCUUAUAGUGCAGUAUGUCUUCUUUGUGGUGGGUACUGCUCUGCCUGUGAUUCAACAGAUAUUAACAUAUGUCAUGCCUGCUUAGACUCGGAUAAUAGGAUUUUGGUAGGCUAAGAUUGUGUUUGCAAAUAAGGAUACUACUAAGUAAAUUCAAUGAAAGUGUGUUAACCUUGUCCUAAAAAUUGUGUUACAUGUGUAGCUGAUGCAACUUCGGGAAAGCCAUUAUGUUAAUCAUGCAAUACAAAAGAAAAUAGAGAUGUAGGAACUAACUAAUAAUGCUAAUGCAAGUAAAUGUAUUACUUACUAAAUGAUCCUGGUACAGGAAUAUGCUAACCUUGCGAUCCUAAAUGCGCUUCUUGCGAUCCUCUAAACGGAAAUUGUAUUACUUGUAUAGUAAAUAGAUCAUCACCUCCAGCAUGUACAUGCACACCUCCAUUAAUAUAAGAUUCUGUCAAUUACCCUAAUUGCAUUUAGUGCGAUCAUAGUUGCAAAUACAAUUGCUUUGGCCCAUCACCUUUUUAAUGUUUAAACCCUUGUGAUUUAAAUUCAGAUGCUUUAUUAAAUCCAUUGAAUAGAUAAUUCAAUCCAUUUUUAAACUCAUGUCCUUGCAAACCUGGUUAUAGUGAAGAUGUGACACUUCCUAAUAAUCCAAAAUGUAUGCCAUGUUCCUAUACUUGCUAAACAUGCUCAGCAGCAAAUGAUGCUAAUUCAUGUUCAUCUUGCAGCUCAAGUAAUAAUAGAGUAUUAGUAGGUAGUACUUGUAAUUGCAUGGAUGGAUAUUAUGAUAAUGGAAAUUCUUCAGUUUGUUUAAACUGUAAUUAUACUUGCAAAACUUGUUCAUAUAACUAAUUCCAAACUCCUUAGUUAUAAUGCUUGAGUUGUGACCCAGAUAAUUAUAGAUAUUUAAGUAAUGGAUCUUGCUUGUGUAAAACUGGUUAUUAUGAUGAUGGUAAUAGUCCUGUUUGUCAAAAAUGUCAGUAAUCUUGUUUAAGUUGCAUAUAACCUAAUAUUUGUAAGACUUGCGAUAGUGUUUAAAAAAGAAUCCUUGAUCCUAUAAGUUUGACUUGUAUCUGCUAAGAUGGAACCUUCGAAAAUGCAAAUAAAGUAUGUCAAGCAUGCGAUUUGAGCUGCUAAACUUGUAUAAAUAAUACCAAUACAGGUUGUACAUCUUGCUAAAGUAGCUAUCAAAGAGCUUUUAAACUCAUACUAUCAAAUCCUUAUUCUGGAUCAUGCAAUUGUAUUGAUGGGUAUUAUCAGUCUCCAAAUAAUUAAGUAUGCUUACCUUGCCAUUACUCCUGCUAUUCUUGUUAAGGACCAUUGUAAACAGAUUGCAUUAAGUGCUAAAUAUCUAGAACCUAUAAUAUCGCAACAAGCCUAUGCUCCUGCCCUUCUAACAAAUAUGAUGUUUUUGGUAUAACUUAAUGCUAGGAUUGUCCUUAUUACUGCAAAACUUGUUCUGCUGCUGAUACAACUAAGUGUAGUACUUGUGAUCCAGCCUAAUAGAGGUAAAUGAAUGCCUUAACUGGCUAUUGUGAUUGUAAUUAAGGUUUUUAUGAUGAUGGUAGUCCAGUCUGCAAACCUUGCUUUUAGAAUUGCUUAACUUGUAGAGGCCCUAAUUAAUAUGAUUGCACUUUAUGCGAUUCAAGCAAGAAUAGAAUCUUAUAAAAUGGUAUUUGUGUAUGUAUGAUAGGUUACUAUAAUAUUAAUGGGUAAGUUGCUUGUGGUUAAUGUGAUUAAAGCUGCUACACAUGCUAAGAUAACUCUAAUGGUGGUCCAAACUAAUGCUCUUCUUGUAGCUUAUAAUAAUUUAGAUAAUAAUAAGGAAAUUAUUGUCUUUGCAUUAAUGGAUACUUCUAGGAUCCAGUUUCCAAACUAUGCGUCUAAUGUGAUUAAACAUGUGCUACAUGUGCAAGUAUAACUACUUGUGCAACAUGUAAUAGCUCAUAGUUUAGAGUUCUAAAUCCUACAUCUUAACUAUGCGACUGCAUGAGUGGAUACUAUACCUCUGGAACUUAAACUUGCUAGCCUUGUGAUAGGACAUGUAAAACAUGCAGUGGUAGUGGUCCAAAUUAAUGUUUAACUUGUGAUGCUACUUAAAAUAGAUAAUAUUAUACUAACGGAGGUAAUUCUAGCUGCUAGUGUCUUGAUAAUUAUUACGAUUUACCCCCUAAUUCAGCUUGUUCUAAAUGUCAUUAUUCAUGUAAAAAUUGUAGUGGAUCAAAUCGUAAUUAAUGUACUGCCUGUGACCCAGCAACUUCAAGAACAUUAACUGCAAGUUAAUGCGUUUGUCCGAGCAAUUUAUUUGAUAUACUUGACACACCGAUUUGCCAGUAAUGUCACUAUUCAUGCGUUACCUGCACAGAUAAUACUCCAAGUGGAUGUGUGACAUGCCCUGCAGGAAGAAACCUAGUAAACACCUAAUGCCUUUGCUAAGAAGGAAAUAUAGAUGAUCCUGUUUAAUAAAAAUGUUUAUCUUGUCAUUACAGUUGUGCAACUUGUUCAGUUGCAAAUGGAAGUUCUUCAACUUGUCUUACUUGCAACCCAGCUUACUUUAGAAGUUUAGUUAAUAAUUAAUGUGCCUGUAAUCCAGGAUACUAUGAUGAUGGUUCUCAUGUUCUUUGUUCAUAAUGUGACCCUACUUGUAGGACAUGUUCAGGGCCAGGUUCUUCAUCCUGCUAAAGUUGUGAUGCAACCUUAUUUAGAACUUUAAAUGCAUCUAAUUAAUGUGUUUGCAUGAAUGGCUACUUUUUAUCUGCAGGAACUUGCUAAAAAUGUGAUGAUAAUUGCAAAACAUGUGCAAAUACUUCUACCAACUGUAAUUCUUGCUCAUCUUUGAUGAAAUUAGUUGGUAAUUAGUGCUUUUGUGAAAAUGGAUAUUUUGCCUAAGGUUCUAGUUGUAUAUAAUGUGAUAUAACUUGCAGCACUUGUAAUGGCCCUACUGCAGGAGAUUGUUUGACAUGUGAUGCAUAAGACUUUAGAUUAUGCAAUUAAUGUACUGAUUUGAGUUAAACUAAUUGUUAGCUGUGUACACCAGCAUAACAAGCUCCUAAUGUGAAAAAAUUCUGCAGAUGUUAAAAUAGAUAUUUCAGUUAGUAAGGUUUAUCAUAGUGCUAUCCAUGCAGUUAUUAAUGUCUUACUUGUCUUGGACCUAAUUCAUGCACUUCAUGUGAUUCUGUUGGUGAUUUGAGAGUACUCUAAGGUACAUAGUGUUAAUGCAUAUUAGGUACUUAUGAUGCAGGUAUAUCUACUUGUUAACCUUGUCAUUAUUCAUGCUAAAGUUGUGUUUAGGAUAGCUAAUUUGAUUGUCUUUCUUGCUUAUCGGGAUAAUAUAGAUAAUACAACUCUUAGUCCAAGUAAUGCGCUUGUUAAAGUGGUUUCUAUGAUAGUGGAUAAAAAGUUUGUAAGUAAUGUGAUCCUACUUGUUUUACUUGCAGCGGUCCUUCAAAUACUAAUUGUCUUAGUUGCAGUAGUGCAUAAAAUUAUAGAGAAUUUAACCCUUUAUAAGGAACAUGCAACUGUAUGAGUGGAUACUAUAAUGACCCUAUUUAAUCUAGGUGCUUACCUUGCCAUUAUAGUUGUGCUACAUGCAGUGGUUCUGGACCCAACUCUUGUUUAACUUGUAGGUAAACAGAUUUUAGAACCUUUGAUUCAGGAAAAUGUGGUUGCAAUGAUGGUUACUAUGACAAUAAUACCUCUCAAUGCGCUUCGUGCCACUUUUCUUGCAAAAACUGUAUAGGAUCAUUACAAACUUAAUGCACUUAGUGUGAUGCUGCAAACAGUUUGAGAUAGUUUAAUUCUUAAACAAGCACAUGUGAUUGCAUGGGUGGAUACUACAGCUUGUUAGGACUUUAGUAGUGUUAAAGUUGCCACUAUACAUGUUUGACAUGCAGAGGACCUAAUCCUAAUUAAUGUACAGCCUGCCUAGCAAGUGCUAAGAGAUUCAUGUAAAUAGAUAAUACAUGUGCUUGCGAUUCAGGAUAUUAUGAAAUAGCUUCUCCUUAGAAUAGCAAUAUAAAGAUAUGUGUUCCUUGUUCUCCCACUUGUUAUAUAUGCUCAACCUUUAACUAAUGUACAGGAUGCAACUAAUCAGACUAUAGGUCACUUAAUAUAGUAACAUAGCAGUGUGAAUGUAUAAACGGUUAUUACGAAGUCAGAUAAUAAUCUGGUACAUUAAGCAGUUGUUAGGUAUGUAACACUGCUGCAAACAGAGUAGUAAGUAAUGAUAAAUUGUCUUGUGUUUGUAAACCAGGCUUCUUUGAAGAUCCAUCGUCAAGUAAUUGUAUGCCAUGCCCCAUAAGCUGUGCUGAAUGUUUAAAUUCAAAAUAGUGCACUUCUUGCUCUAGUUCAUAGUUUAGGAUUUUUAGUAAUUACUAGUGCAUACCAAUGUAAGGUUAUUUUGAUACAGGAUAGGCUAUUGCUUAAAAAUGUUCUUAGCAAUGUAAGAAUUGUGUUAAUUUUGCAACUAAUUGUAUCAGUUGUAGAACAGAAGACGGUUAUACAAUGUCAAAGGAUUAAACAUGUGUCUGUUAGGAGGGUUACUAAGAAGUAGCUGAUGUUGAUACUGGAAUUACAGUGUGUAGAAGUCCUUAGAGUCUUGCCCAAAAAAGUGCUAAUUAAGAUAAUGUUAUGUGGUUUUAUAUAUUUCUAUGUAUAUCAGGACUCUUAGCCUUAAUAAUCAUAGUCUAUUUAGGCAGAAGAUUUUGUAUGAAAUCAGAAGAUCCUUAAAAUAACCCAAGAAUUCAUGCAUUAGACAUUAGCGAGUAAGACAUAUUCAACCAAAGACCAGAAGAAACUUUACAACAGCUAGAAAAUGAUAAUAAGAAUCUACCUAAAAUUGAGCAGGCUCAAGACUAUAACUUUGCUCAAAAAAAGAAUGUGCAAAACCAAACUAUUAGUCCUGGUGGAGGAGACUAGAUAGUGUGA